CAGUGCAUAGAUAGCUGUCAUUUAAACACAGUCGGGUGUUUGUACAUAAUCACACGAAGUAAGCGUAGUCAUUAGCGGGGAAAAGUUGUAUAACCAAAGUUGUAGGCGACUAUAGAUUAAGAAAGGCACAGCUAGUGCGUGACAUCAAUACCUUACUGAAGACACACAAUGACUGACGUUACACCACAAACGCCCUACAUAGACGGAUUCGUCAAAGAUGGUUUUGAGAGAGUCAGAGACGCGUUCAGAUCCAAUUUGGAGAAUGGUUCUGAUGAAGGAAGUUCGGUAGCUGUUUACUAUGAAGGAGAGUUGGUGGUAAACUUGUGGGGAGGCUGGGUUGACAAGGAAUCAGGAUGGAAAUGGAGAGAGGAUACCAUGCCGUGUUUCUACUCUUCUACAAAGAGUCCUUCAGCCAUCGUAAUAGCACACCUUGUUGACAGAGGACUUCUAGACUAUAAGGAAAAGAUAUCAAAAUAUUGGCCAGAAUUUGCACAGAACGGCAAGGGGGACAUAACUCUGGAAACUUACAUCAGUAAUAAGGCUGGACUAAGCGGAAAUGAAGAACCAUUUUCUUUACGGCUAAUGCUGGAUGAUCCCCGGAAGUUUGAAGACAUAUUAGCUAAACAGAGGCCGCUAUGGGAACCAGGAACAAAGCAUGGCUACCACCCAUUUACAUUCGCUAUGUAUUUGGACCAAAUUGUGAAGAGGGUGGAUCCGAAGGGGCGUAGCCUCUCCCAAUACUUCCAUGAGGAGAUGGCCAAACCGUUCGAUAUCGAAUUUUAUAUCGGGCUCCCCAAGGAGCUGUUCUACAGAGCUCCUCGUGUUGCCAUGAUAGGAAACGUAGAUGAGGAAGAGAUCAGAAAACGGAUGCAUGGAGGUGAUCCGGAAUUAACAAACAUAGUCAAUAUGACUGUCACAGAUAUGUCGCAUACUAAUAACCCAUAUAUAAGAGAGGUUCCAUUGGGGUCAGCGUUGGGACACGGGACUGCUGCCUCCCUCGCUAAAUUCCAUGGUAUCCUAGCUAAUGGGGGAGUUCAUAACGGCAAGAGACUGUUGUCAGAGGAGGCUAUUCAAAGACAGCUGGUGCCCAAGUCCUGUGGAAAAGAUGUGGUCUAUGGCUUCGACUUCAUGUUUAGUCUUGGUACCAUGGUACUAGCUUCGGCGGACGAUGAUAAACUACCUGUAUUUUCCUUUGGACAUGUCGGACAUGGAGGACAAAUGGCCAUAGCAGAUCCUACCCACAAGAUCGGCUUUGCAUACGCGACCAAUCAUCUAAACCCAGAUUUGACGGAAGAUAAUCGAUGGAAGACCCUUUAUGAUGUCCUGUAUGAAUGUGUCUACAAGAUAAAGAAUAUAUCAGCCAAAAGGACACUCUUACAGAAUUACAGCCAAUUGAAAGAAGCUCAGAACUUGCAAACAUAAUAAAGUUUCAAUUCAAUACUGAUGUUUAGUCUUAAUCAUUUAAACACAUUGUUAUAUUAUCCUUAACCAACGUAAGUUAAUCGUAAACUACGUGUAUAUUGUCUGUUUACAUUAAUAAAACAGCAAUGUUACCAUCCCUUAAAUUGUAAAACAGGUCAUUUUCCAUUCAUUAUGUGUAUGUCCAUAAUAAACCUUCGACUUAUCCAUUGAAUAUUUUAACAAAGAAAGUAACCUGGUUUGUAUUUUUGCAAGCAUUAACUUUUUCAGAAAGUAUACAUUUGUCCGUGGUGUAGUAAAUAAGACACAAUAUAAGGUAAAGUUGUAUAAUUACCUGGAAUAGUGAGCGGAUGACACAUGGCAAACAAACCUUUGUAUGCUGCACCAUCGGGAUAUUCGUUUUUAUAUUUACAGUAUAUUUUCUCUUUAUGGACUCAUACUUUCAAUAUUUUAAUAAUCAGAUCUAUAUACUGAUACAAACUUGUAUAUCAGGUAUAUAUACGUCUCUGUACAAACGUUAUCAAUGAGAUGCAUACCAAUGUAAUACACAAAAAAGGAUAUGUAUAUUUGAGCAUGGAAGCAUCAACAUCUUACAAGGGUUAAGACCAGAAUGUUUUUAUGUUCUCAUUACACCCCAUAUAAAAAAUAAAAUUCAUCAUACAGAUGGUUUGAGAA